CUUUGGUCAAACACACUUUCUUUUUUUCUUUCUUUCUUUACAAUUACGAUUAAAUUUAAUACCUUUCCUUGUGUCUCCAUCUAAUCUAAACCACAGCAGUUCUUAUUUUGUCUUGGACUUCAGACAGGUGUCUGUCGUUUGAAGUUUUGAAGUGCUUUUGCGAUGGCUCCUCCACCUUCCUCUUCUUCUUCUUCUUCUUCUUCAGAUUCUUCCAUGAUCAGACCUCGAGAUGUUUGUAUCGUGGGUGUUGCACGUACACCAAUGGGCGCUUUCCUUGGCUCCCUUUCCUUUUUCUCUGCUACCCAUCUUGGAUCUAUAGCCAUCCGCUCUGCCCUUAAAAGGGCAAACCUUGAUCCAUCACAUGUGCAGGAGGUUUUCUUUGGAAAUGUUCUUAGUGCAAACUUAGGCCAAGCUCCUGCUAGACAGGCUGCAUUAGGUGCCGGUAUUCCUAAUUCUGUCAUUUGCACGACUAUUAACAAAGUUUGUGCAUCUGGAAUGAAAGCGGUGAUGCUUGCAUCACAAUCUAUCCAAUUAGGCAUCAAUGAUGUUGUUGUUGCUGGUGGUAUGGAAAGCAUGUCAAAUGCACCCAAGUAUUUGGCAGAGGCAAGAGAAGGAUCUCGAAUAGGACAUGAUACCAUUGUUGAUGGCAUGCUCAAAGAUGGCCUGUGGGAUGUAUAUAACAACUUUGGGAUGGGAGUAUGUGCAGAAUUAUGCGCCGACCAACACACCAUUACACGAGAGCAGCAGGAUUCUUAUGCUAUUCAAAGCUUUGAGCGCGGGAUUGCUGCUCAAAACAAUGGCCUCUUCGCUUGGGAAAUAGUUUCAGUUGAAGUUUCUGGUGGAAGAGGGAAACCAUCAUCAGUUGUAGAUAAGGAUGAAGGUUUAGGAAAGUUUGAUGCUGCAAAAUUGAGGAAGCUUAGACCAAGCUUUAUGGACGAUGGAGGAUCUGUUACUGCUGGCAAUGCUUCUAGCAUUAGUGAUGGUGCAGCAGCAUUGGUGCUAGUAAGUGGUGAGAAGGCAAUUAAGCUUGGUUUGCAAGUGGUUGCUAAGAUCAGAGGAUAUGGUGAUGCUGCUCAGGCACCUGAAUUGUUUACAACAGCUCCAGCCCUUGCCAUACCAAAAGCUAUUUCAGCUGCUGGUUUGGAGGCUUCUCAUAUUGAUUACUAUGAAAUAAAUGAAGCUUUUUCAGUUGUUGCUCUUGCCAAUCAGAAAUUGCUUGGCAUUAAUCCUGAAAAGAUUAAUGUUCAUGGUGGAGCUGUAUCUUUGGGACAUCCAUUAGGAUGUAGUGGAGCUCGUAUAUUAGUCACAUUAUUGGGGGUGCUGAGACAUAAGAACGGAAAGUUUGGGGUUGGUGGAAUCUGCAAUGGAGGAGGAGGAGCAUCUGCCCUUGUUGUUGAGCUCAUGCCAGUUGCAAAAGUGGGACAGUCUUUGUUAUGAUACCAAUAAACAUGCUGAUGUGAAGGGUUUUUUUUUUUGUUUUUGGAACUUUAAUGGAAAAUAAAAGUUGUAUCAUCAAGUCUUGUGGAGGUAGAGAACUUGGGUUUCUUUUUCAGGUUUGUUCCUGUUUUAUCAUAAUAUUUGAAACUGUCUUGUAAGCUUGGGAUUCGUUAGUUGUACUUAAGUAAUUGGAUUAAAAGGGACGUGCACUUUCUCUUGAA